ACAAUCCCUUACCGCAGCUCUAUAUAUCUGGCUUCACCCAGCGCAAAUCCUCCGCUCUCAUCUGUUCCUCAAGCAAAAUCCGGCAAUGGUGGGAGGGAGAGAGAUAUCAUCAUAAGCUUGGAGUGGUGAUCGCUCAAAUUAGGGUUUCUUCGUGUUGUCUAAUCACGGCUCCUCUUCGAGCCUGUGCGCGGCACUUCAACCGCGUCUAUCUUCGUCGCCCACAAGUGGAGAACCUCCCGGACAAGAAGCGGGGCGUGGGGCUCCUCGCCCUUGACAUGCACCGCUGCCCUUCCCCUCACGGUGGCCGUGGUGCCCUUCCUUCCGCAGGCGGAAGCCCAUCCGACCUCCUCUUCCUUGCUGGUGGCGGCCAUCUCUCCGCGCUAUCUUUCUCUUAACUAACUCUGUCCCUCUCUCUCUCUCUCUAUAUAUUCCUUCCCAGUCUUUCUUACUUCGUCUAAAGUUUAGAGAUGCUAACCAUCAAAAGGGUCCCGACCGUCCUUUCUAAUUACCAGGAAGAGUCUUCCGGAUGCGGCCGCAACUGCCUUGGGGAUUGCUGCCUUCCCGUCUCCAAGCUUCCUCUUUAUGCCUUUAGUCAGAGGUCGCCGGUUGUGGCUUCUCCUGCUCAGGGAGAUCUCUCAUCUGAUUUUUUUCUGAACGAUCUCUUAUUUGGACAGUGGGAGGAUCGCAUGAGCCGAGGAUUGUUUAGGUAUGAUGUGACUGCUUGUGAAACAAAGGUGAUUCCAGGGGAGCAUGGUUUUGUAGCGCAACUCAAUGAGGGGCGCCAUCUCAAGAAAAGACCGACCGAGUUCAGGGUUGAUAGGGUCCUGCAACCUUUUGAUUCAAGCAAAUUUAACUUUACCAAGGUUGGCCAGGAAGAGGUCUUGUUCCGAUUUGAGGCUGGUGAAGAUGAUACAGCUUGCUUCUUUGAGAAUGCUUCUGUCGAUAAGGGUGUUCGUCUUAAUGUUGUUGCUAUUAAUGUGAGUCCGAUCGAGUACAGCCACGUUCUACUGAUUCCCCGUGUGCUUGAGUGUUUGCCUCAAAGGAUUGAUCCAGAAAGCUUACUACUUGCACUUCACAUGGCAGUCGAAGCAGGAAGUCCCUACUUCAGGCUGGGUUAUAACAGUUUGGGUGCCUUUGCCACCAUUAACCAUUUACACUUCCAGGCGUAUUACUUGGCAAUGCCUUUUCCUGUGGAGAAAGCACAAACUAAGAAGAUUCAUAUUAUUGGAGGUCUGGCCAAGAAUGGUGAUGUAAAGAUCUCAAGUCUUGUCAACUACCCAGUGAGGGGCCUAGUUUAUGAAGGCGGAAAUAGCCUAAAAGACUUGGCUGAUGUUGUUGCUCAAUCCUGCAUUUGCCUUCAAGAAAAUAACAUCCCAUUUAAUGUGCUUAUUUCUGACUGUGGUAGGAGAAUUUUUAUAUUUCCACAGUGCUAUGCUGAGAAACAGGCCCUUGGGGAAGUGAGCCAGGAGCUCCUAGAAACACAAGUGAACCCUGCAGUGUGGGAGAUUAGUGGCCACAUGGUGCUCAAACGGAGGAAGGAUUAUGAUGAGGCAUCUGAGGAAUAUGCAUGGAGACUCUUGGCUGAGGUUUCCCUUUCUGAGGAGAGGUUCGAAGAGGUGAAAUCCUUUAUAUUUGGGGCCACUGGUACUGUGGAGGCUGAGAAGGAUGAGAUGGAGACAAAGAUGAAUGAAGAAGAAGCCUUCCCGCUCACAUCCACUGUGUCUACUUUCCCAGAAAGCUGUUUGGUUCUGCAGUGAAGGAUGUGGCUUAUAUUGUCCUUCUACUUUCUUUGUGUGCUUCAGCCAGCAGUCUUUGGGAGAAAAUAAUACAGUUGGUAUAUAACUGUAGUUGUAUGUGGAUGCUUUAUUCUAUGUUGCUUCUUUUUAUUUCUGCUUCUGUGCACCUUUGGCUUGUAAAUGCUUAAUGCAGAUGUUUUAAGUGGUUUGAAUUA